GAUGACCAGAGACUGCGGAACAGUACAGGAGAUGACCAGAGACUGCGGACACAGUACAGGAGAUGACCAGAGACUGCGGACACAGUACAGGGAUGACCAGAGACUGCGGACACAGUACAGGGAUGACCAGAGACUGCGGACACAGUACAGGGAUGACCAGAGACUGCGGACACAGUACAGGGAUGACCAGAGACUGCGGACAGUACAGGGAUGACCAGAGACUGCGGACAGUACAGGGGAUGACCAGAGACUGCGACACAGUACAGGGAGAUGACCAGAGACUGGGGACACAGUACAGGAGAUGACCAGAGACUGCGGACAG